UUGCGGACAUUGUAUCGUAUCCAUAAACGACAGCCUGGUUGAUGAUAACGGAGCAUCUGCUUUUGCCGAGUCGAAUAGCUCGCUUGCAGUGUGAACACUGUGAAACACACAGAGUGCUGAUGCAUUGGAGGCAGAACCUGAUGGCUUCUUUGACAUUCUGGAGGAGAGGAGGCGGGAUAGUGACAUAAAGCACGCCCUUCGGACUUUUAACCCCCAGCCGUAUCGUGGGGCCACACCCACUUCAGCUAGCGCUCUCAACAGGAUGGUGCUGGAAUCCCAGUACUUGAGCUACAUCAUACAGGAGAUCGCGCUUGAGAGUGAUGAACCACAUGAGGUAAUUCUCGAAGAGGCAUCAUCGAUUCUGGAGGAGAUGGGUCAGAACCUUCAGCUGGGCUUCAUUCGUCUGCUGGGAUUCAUAAUGAGCAAAGUGUUUAAGAGUUUGUUUCGCUCUAUACGUGUCAACCAGGAUGGACUUACACGGCUGCAGCAGGCCAUUCAGGAGUAUCCCGUUAUCCUGAUGCCCAAUCACAGGAGCUAUGUGGACUUCCUUGUUGUGUCAUAUAUCAUGUUCACCUAUGACCUCUCUAUUCCCGUCAUUGCAGCUGGAAUUCCUCUGAUGGGGAUGAAGCUGAUUGGUGAGAUUUUUCGGCGGUCGGGUGCAUUCUUUAUUCGUCGUGCCAUUGGCUCAGACAAACUGUACUGGGCGGUGCUAUCUGAAUAUGUCAGAACAAUUGUCCGGACAGGUUUUGCGCCUGUAGAGUUUUAUGUUGAAGGAUUACGGAGUCGAACGCUGAAAUCUCUCACACCAAAGCUAGGAAUGAUGAACAUGGUGUUGGAACCCUUUUUUAAAGGAGAAGUGUUUGAUAUCAGUCUAGUCCCCAUCAGCAUCAGUUAUGAUCGCGUGCUGGAGAAUUCCCUCCUUGCUCACGAGCUGCUGGGUGUGCCCAAACCCAAGGAGACCACUGGGGGUUUGCUGAAGGCCAGGACGGUGCUGAAGGAAGAUUACGGCUGCAUGCAUGUGUACUUUGGCAGCCCUAUGUCCGUAAGAGACUUGGUGAAGGGAAAGAUGAACCACAAACAGUACAAUCUUGUGCCCAGAGACUUGCCCAUGAAGCCCAAUAAGGAGACACAGGAGUUUGUGUCAGGUCUUGCCCACAUGAUGGUCCGUUUGCAGGAGAAAAAUGUAGUACAGAGCCCGUGGAACCUGAUGGCCUUUAUUGUCCUGCAGAAUCUCCAGGGCAUUGAUUUCAACCAGCUAACCCACAGAACGCUCUGGCUGAAAAGACUCGCCCUGCGGUUUGGAGCUCACCUCAACUGGCCCAAGCACAUUUCAGAUUCUGAGGUGAUGUCAUCGAGCAUAAUGCUGCAUCACUCAGUAGUGUGCUGUGAAAGGGGGCGUGUCAAUUUGGUGGAGGAGGCGGGUCCAGGACCUGUCAGUCAAGAGGAGGCCGUGUUUAGGCGUGCUGCUGCUGUGCUCAUGUGUGCCUCCUACAGGAAUCAAGCUCUGCACGUAUUUAAUCGGCCUGCUAUGGUGGCCAUCACUAUGACAACAGCUGCAAAUAAUAGGACUGAUGACCUCUUUCGUCGUUUUAACUUCCUGUUGGAACUCUUUUCCAAUGAGUUUGUCUUCAUUCCUGGUCAAGUGGUUCAGGAUUUUGAGGAGGGGUGUUCUUUGCUACAGCAGUCUGGCAUAAUUGGCUGCUCCAAUAAAGAGGUUUACGUGAGAGAUGACAGCCAGGAAACCGUUGCCUUCCUCAGAGCAAUUCUGCAGCCUUUAAUAGAGAGUUAUCAGGUGGUGUUUAGGUUCCUGUGUGAGGAGAGCUCGCUGAUAUUCAGAGAAAAGAACUUCUUACCCAGUGUCCGCAGUUUCAUCAUGAAGCUCCUUAUUUCAGGUGAAGUUCAUUCAUAUGAGUGUUUAUCAUCUGAUGUACAGAAGAAUGUUCUCUCUGCUUUGCUCAGGAUGGCUGCUGUGACCAAAACCAAAGUUGAUGAGCAGAAUGAGUUCACAGUGAAUAAAGCUGCAGUGAAGAGAAUAUGGGACCUACUAAAUGGUGAAAUGACUCCUCGGAUCAGUUCAGAUGCCAGACUAUGAAAAGAAUCAGAUGACAGCGACUCAUCUCUCCAUUUUACACCAGCUGAACUCAUCUGUUGUGUUAAUCACAGAGGUUGUUUGUGUGUUUCCUAGUGUAACACACAGAAUAAACCUACAGGAGCUGCUCUAGAUGUAGAACAUAAUUGAAUAGACUUUUAUUACAAGUACAAUGGAUAGAAAUUCAUAUUCCAUUUGAAAAUCAUACAGACAGUAGAUACUCACAUAUUACUUAAAAUUACAGCAAAAAUAACAUAGAAGUAGAUGAUAAUGUCUAUGUUUUAAGUAUUAGUUUAACAUGCAUUUGUUUUUAAUGUUGAUAAAGUAACUGCAUUAAUGAAAUAUUUUUUUAAUCUGUGUAGUUUAAAAUAUAUAUUUUUGUAUGAAAUCAUUAUAAUAAAACAUUGAUUACAGUAUGUAUAUUCCUUGAACGGCCCCUUUGGAGGGCGGGGUUUGAUAGAGAGGGCGUGGUCUAAUUCAAUUCUGGAUACAGCACCUUUAAGUGUCAAUUAGCCUAUUUUGUUUUGAGAGGCUACAGGAAAUCUCAUUUCUUUUUUGCGUGAUUUUUCCUCAUCUGCGGCUUCAGCGAAGUGAUCGGCUCCUGACAAUACUCUGACAGGUAUUCCUCCACUUGUUCUCUCAGUUUCUGUGAUGCUUCUCUUUUUCUCUUCUGUUCUUUGUCCCAUUCAUCCACAUCUUCUUUAAAGGACAGCAGCAUCUGUUGCGCCCACCUCAUCGUCGACAAAAUGAGAAACAGCACCCCCUGCAGGAAGUGUCUGACACCGACACACAGAGUCGACACGACUGCCAACAGGUGUAAAACUGAUUCACAACAUAAACACAGUCCCUCCAAAUAAUAUAUAGCGCUGUUCCUAAAACCCUCUGAGCAAUUAUGUUCUCCAAUGCAACACUUUUCAUCAGUGUUAUGAACUGCGAUUAAAAAAUGCCACACAGCGUUGGCGAAGUGUACAGUGGCAUAACGCACAGGUAACAGCGCC